UUUCUACAAACGCGUCGGAUUUGUUUAUUGGUGACACCUCGGGACCAGCUGUUCUGUUUAAGCUAUCAGUUAGCUACCACCAAAUUACAGAAUAACGUAACGUUACGGUUAUUCAAGUUGUAUUACUUUUUUGUCCGCUUUUUCUAUUUCGGGGGUAAGUCCGCCAUUAUCUGUUCCUGCUGGUUGGUACCCGAUAGAAAGUCAACGACAGAUCAGUUAGCUAAGGCUGACUGGAGGUCUGCCACCAUGGAGCCAGCCUGCCGUAAGGACAAGCCCAAGCUGAACUCGACCCCGACCAGAGGAGACAGAGCCAGGCAGAAGUCUGCUCAGCAAGAGCUCAAACAACGACAGAGAGCCGAGAUUUAUGCCCUGAACAAGGUGAUGACUGAGCUGGAGCAGCAGCAGUUUGAGGCCUUUUGUAAACAGAUGCAGUCGCAAGGAGAAUGAUGAGCCUUCCUCUUUCAUCCGGACCAGGACCUGUUGCCGUCCAGAAGCACCCAGUAUGCACACUAUUACUGACACACAACCACACACUUCUGCUCAUGUUCAAUAAGACAAUCUUGGUGUCUUGAUGUUUUACUGACUCAAACUCCUGACGUCACCUGACAGUAUUGUUAUAAUAAGCUGGUGUGAUUGUUAACUGAAAGCAUUGUAGAUCCAAACAGGAACAACAGGAAGCAGAGUUGCAUAUUUCCUACCAACACAUCUGGUCCCUGACCUUUUCUGUGCUUAAAUAUCCACCUUUGUUACAUUAAUGGUUGAAAUGCUCCCUUUUUUUCAGUGCUGUUAAAAUUCAAAAUACAUGUGUUGAGAUUUUGAAGUUGGCCAGGUCACAUUAUAACUCACUCAAGAGGCACCAGUGUUAAUAGCUCAGGGAGGGCAGAAGUUAUCAAUGUUCUCAGCUGGUCAGAGACCUGCCAGUUAAAAGCACACUUUUAUAACCAAUGGGAUAUUAGUCGAUGUAAAUAAAGCUACAUUAAGUGGUUUUUGACCCCCACAGACUGUGCAAUGAGGCUUAUACAAUCAAGUUGAAUGCUACCUGCCCUUAUGUAAGGCAGAUGAAGCCUUCUAAAGCUAAAGGGGCUUUCUUUCUGUUUGUCCCGAAAAAUGAUUUGAGGCCUUGGGGCUCAGUAAACGCUUAUAGCAGCCCUUCAACACCUUGCUGACUUGAAGAAAAAACACAACAAGAAACCUGCAUGUUAUUUAUUAAAUCUGUAAUACUCAUGUGUGCUGACAUAAAUGCACAUAUUACUCUGCAGUGCUACAGUAAAAUACAUGAUAAAUGAGUUAUCCAAACAGCCUGCACAGAAACUAUUCUUGACACAACAUGUGAAUGUAUUUGUGUAGUUUAGGCCCAGUGUGCACUGUGAGCUCACAUGCUUUAACUUUAAAUGAGAUGCAGUGCACCGAUUGGAGAUCAAUAUUUACUGAAAUAUUACUGUUAUUAUCUUUUAUUAUUUGAAUCAGUUAGACACUUAUUUUGUCUUUAUAGUGUACAUUUCCGUAUAUACCAGUAUUCUCCUCUCUUAUGAUCCCAGCAGUGUGUGUGUCCUUUGAGCGUAUUGUUUAGCUGCAAAACAUUCAACAGUCCAGCUGAAUGAAGCUGUUUUAUUUAUUUUUAACCUCUGUCUCUGAGGCUGCAGUUAGUGGUUGCAUUGCUAACAGUACUACAGCUAAUAUCACAUGGUUGCUACACUGUCUAAAACUGGUAAGAUGAUAAAACGGACAAAAUACCAGUCAGCCACAGACCGUGCUUCUAACUGGGAAUGGAAGGAUUACAGGUUGUUUUGGUUGAUCCAUAAACAAUGCUUAAUGUAGCUUGUUGUUAAUGGUGCUCACUUUCAACACUGUCUGCAGUAAUACCUGACCUGUAUGGGAAUAACACUGCAUUUUAUUGUCACAUUCACACGUUUUGCAACAUAAUCAACUUUUAUUUAUAUGUGUGAUGGCUGUAAAAUGUGUAUAUUGCUUUUAGGACAGUAUCUCACUUGAGUUAUACAAUCUCGAUUCAAUUCAAAUAAAAGUGAGUUUUUUUAAA